AUGGCCGAAGAGAAGCUGAAGAAGAGCCAUCUGGCAAUUGUUCUGGGUAUCGGGCUCGGAGUCGUGCUACUGAUUGUGCUCAGUCUGAUUUUGACGAUAGUAAUCAGUCGCCGAGACCGUCAGUCAUUUCUCAAGUCGAAAAAAGACCCUGGUGAGCGCUUGCGCAAGUUGGAUAAGGUCUCGCCUACUUGCACGCUUGAAAAGUGGUGGUCUAAUACGAAGGGCAAUCUGGGAUUGUCGGAGGCCGUUGAUGGCCAGUUUGUAUGCGCUGUGUGCCUGGAACAGGUGGGCCGCACGCAGGAGAUCCGGGAGCUUUUGUGCUUGCACGUUUUCCACAGAGAGUGCCUGGAGAAGUGGUUUUUGGGCGACCAUUAUAAUUGCCCGCUAUGCCAUCGCGCCUAUUAUGUGAGCGACACGCCUCCCAGUAAUGAUUAUGUGUGGAUGGUAUGA